UAUUAUCACCGGCAUGUGUCAUGAAAUGUGUUAACUUAGCACCAGCAGUCUAAUGCAAUACAUAAUAUAUUAGAAAAAGAACAAAUAAUAAUAAUAAAUAAGCACUCGGCGGGAGGAGAAGAUGGCAGCGCGCCGCGCAUGCGCAGCUCUCCGGUGAAAAAUGAUGUUGUAUCUCUUAAAUAGGGGCGGUGGACAAUUCUGAUUUGGUGGAGAAUGGACGUGAAAGCGCAGAGGAACAUCUGGAGAAAUUUCUGAAAUGCCGUCCGCUGCUGUCGUUACUGUGUGGUCGGGAAUCUUUCGGAGGGUAGGCCUCAAAAUCCCCGGCCUUACCUGCUUUUGGCGACCGAGAAGGAGGUUGAAUCGUUCGGCAGAGAUGCCGCUCAGUACUCGGUGUCGGAGAGCUGAUCAGAGCUCGAAGUUUUCGGAUGAUUGUGGUCAGCAUGGCAGGGAGAGUUUUUCUUCCUUCUCCCGUCUGCGUGAGAUGUGGGAUAUUUGAAAAACUUUUUACUUUACUGUGCUCACGGAUUUACUUCAUCAAGUUAUGGUUAGAAACUGCAAGUAAUUCGUGUACUGGAAUCUCAAACACAUCACAUCAGUUUUGCUGUCUUUAUCCAGAUAUUUAAGGAGUGAUCAGACAUUUCCUUUGUAACACCAAUACAUCUAUUGUUGAUUCAUGGAGAAGAAAAGGAGUAUCUCAUCCCAAAUGGAAACAUGCUUUGUAUCUGAAAUGAAGUUUUCUGUUGAAACUCAGUAAAAACCACUGGAACCAGGGUGCUGAGAACACAUCAGCUUUUAUUCACGAGAGAUCAGUUCAUCAACUGUAAUGACUGUGAGGGAUUCACUACAUUUCUGGCUGCAGGAAACAUUUCAAAUUGUCAUCCAGGUUAAAUAUUUAUCAAAAAUUCUCACAAAGAGGACGGUAUUACGUAUCUGGGAAGAGAUUCACUUACUCAGCCCACCACAGAAAGACCAGUGAGUUCACGAGGGAGAGAGACUGCACAACUGUAACAUGUGUGGGAAGAGAUUGAAUUAAUCAUCAGAUCUUCUGACACACAAGCGAGUUCACACACAGGAGUGGCUGUACAUCAGCUCUGAAUGUGGAAAGGGAUUCACUCACAUCCCACCUAAAGAGAUAGCAACAAAUUUACACUGGGGACAGGCCAUUCAUGUGCUCAAACUGUGAGAAGAGAUUUACUCAAUCAUCUCGAUAACUGAUACACCAGUCAGUUCACUCUGCAGAGAGAUCUUUCAUCUGCUCAGUCUGUGGGAAGGGAUUCACUCAGUCAUCUCAACUGAAGCUACAUCAGCGAAUUCACACAGGGGAGAGGCUGUUCACCUGCUCAGACUGUGGGACCAGAUUCACUCAGUCAUCUCAGCAAUUGGCACACUAGUCAGUUCACACCGAGGAAAUGUCAUAUACCUGUUCAGACUGUGGGAAGGAAUUCACUCAGUCGUCUCAUCUGAAGGUACAUCAACGCGUUCACACUGGGGAGAGACCACUGACCUGCUCUGAAUGUGGAAAGGGAUUCACCCAGUCAACCCACCUGCAGUCACACAAGCGAGUUCACAUGGCAGAGAGGCCAUUCACCUGUUCUGUGUGUGGGAAUAGGUUCACUCGGUUAAGCAACCUACAGAGACACCAGUCGGUUCACACUGGAGAGAGGCCGCUGAUUUGCUCAGACUGUGGGAAGGGAUUCACUUGGCCAUCUGAACUGAAGCUACAUCAGCGAGUUCACACUGGGGAGAGGCCAUUCACCUGCUCAGACUGUGGGAAGGGAUUCACUCGAUCAUCUGACCUACUGGCACACCAAUCAGUUCACACUGGGAAGAAACCAUUCACCUGCUUCGAUUGUGGGAAGGGGUUCACUCGGUCAUCUCACCUGCUGACACACCAGUUAGUUCACAGUGGGGAGAGGCCAUUCACUUGCUCAGACUGUGGGAAAGGAUUCACUCGGUCAUCUGACCUGCAGAGACACCAGUCAGUUCACACCAAGAAAUGGCCAUUCACCUGCUCGGACUGUGGGAAGGGGUUUUCUUGGGCAUCUGAACUGAAGAUACACCAGCGAACUCACACUGGGGAGAGGCCAUUCACCUGCUCAGACUGUGGGAAGGGAUUCACUCGGUCAUCCCAGCUUAUGACACACCAGUCAGUUCACACUAAGGGGAAACCAUUCACCUGCUCAGACUGUGGGAAGGGAUUCAGUCAGACAUCUGACCUCCUGGCACACCAGCGAGUUCACACAGGAGAGAGGCCAUUUACCUGUUCUGUGUGUGGGAAAGGAUUUGCUCAGUUCUCUCAACUACAGAGACACCUGUCAGUUCACACUGGGGAGAGACCAUUCAUUUGCUCAGACUGCGGGAAGACAUUUGUUCGGUCAUCUGAACUGAAGGUACAUCAACGAGUUCACACUGGAGAGAGGCCAUUUACUUGCUCAGUCUGUGGGAAGGGAUUCACUCGGUCAUCUGGCCUACAGCAACACCAGUUGGUUCACUCUGAGAAGAAACCAUUCACCUGCUCAGACUGUGGGAAGGGAUUCACUCGCUCACCUGACCUACUGGCACAUCAGUCAGUUCACACUGGGAAGAAACCAUUCACCUGCUUCGAUUGUGGGAAGGGGUUCACUCGGUCAUCUCACCUGCUGAUACACCAGUUAGUUCACAGUGGGGAGAGGCCGUUCACUUGCUCAGACUGUGGGAAGGGAUUCACUCGGUCAUCUGACCUGCAGAGACACCAAUCAGUUCACACCAAGAAGUGGCCAUUCACCUGCUCGGACUGUGGGAAGGGAUUUUCUUGGGCAUCUGAACUAAAGAUACAUCAGCGAGCUCACACUGGGGAAAGGCCAUUCACUUGCUCAGACUGUGGGAAGGGAUUCACUCGGUCAUCUCAGCUUAUAACACACCGGUCAGUUCACACUAAGGGGAAACCAUUCACCUGCUCAGACUGUGGGAAGGGAUUCAGUCAGACAUCUGACCUCCUGGCACACCAGCGAGUUCACACUGGAGAGAGGCCAUUCACCUGUUCUGUGUGUGGGAAGGGAUUUGCUCAGUUCUCUCAACUACAGAGACACCAGUCAGUUCACACUGGGGAGAGACCAUUCAUUUGCUCAGACUGCGGGAAGAGAUUCAUUCGGUCAUCUGAACUGAAGGUACAUCAACGAGUUCACACUGGAGAGAGGCCAUUCACUUGCUCAGUCUGUGGGAAGGGAUUCACUCGGUCAUCUGGCCUACAGCAACACCAGUUAGUUCACUCUGGGAAGAAACCAUUCACCUGCUCAGUCUGUGGGAAGGGAUUCACUCGCUCAUCUCAGUUACUGGCACACCAGUUAGUUCACACUGGGGAGAUGCCAUUCAGCUGCUCGGACUGUGGGAAGGGAUUUGCUCAGUCAUCUUCUCUGAAGGUACAUCAGCGAGAUCACACUGGAGAGAGGCCAUUCACCUGCUCAGUCUGUGGGAAGGGAUUCACCCGGUCAUCUGCCCUACUGCAACACCAGUUAGUUCACACUGGGAAGAAACCAUUCACCUGCUCAGACUGUGGGAAGGGAUUCACUUGGUCAUCUCAGCUACAGGCACACCAGUCAGUUCACAGUGAAGGGUAGCCAUUCAUCUGCUCAGUCUUUGGAAAGGGAUUCACUCAGUCAUCUGCCCUACUGCAACACCAGUUAGUUCACACUGGGGAGAGACCAUUCACCUGCUCAGAUUGGGAAGGAAUUCAUUCGGUCAUCUCAGCUGAAGGUGCAUCAUUGAGUUCACAUUGGGGUGGAUGGCGAGAGCAUUAACUUGCUCUGUGGGAAGGGACUCACUCACUCAUUCAAUAUUGUGACACACUCCCAAAUUCACACUGGGGAAACAGUUUAAAUAAGCUGCAUGCUGGAUAUUUAACUAUUUAACUUGCUGAAUUCCAAGGCAAGUUCAAAAGUCGUUGUUCGUGUUGAACUUUGCAAUUGUUGCUGCUGUUCAUCAAACCCAGUUCUGCACCCUGUCACUGGGCAUGGAAGGAGUUUUUUUCUGCUGAUGUUCAUGUUUAAUAGGACUGGAGUUUAAUAUUCUGGAUCUAUGACAAAU